AUGCCCCGACGGACGCCGUGGGCAGACAUGGAGGACGGCAACAGAGACCCGGGGGAUAGCAGCAACACGGAGACUGCCCGCAGAGAAAACGUCCGCAGCAUCGGCACGGACCAGCGAGGACCCGCGGAGCAACAGGCCGAGAACGACGUGAAAGCCUCGCAGCCCCAGAAGUGGAUGGCGGAGCAGAAGACACGCUGCAGCCGCAAGAAAGAGAGCCAGCAGCGGAACGCCACCAGGACCUUUUCCGACGCCACGCAACACCAGACGAUCCCAAUCCAACCCUUCGCGGCCGGCGCCGACGCGGCACGGAGCGAGCCGCAGCAACCUGACGGGCAAGCCUACUACUACAGCCUACACGAAGAAGUCCAGCAAUUCGUCCAGGCAGUCAUGUACCACGAGCUGGAGCAAGAACAGCUCAAGUGGUGGCAGGACACCCUCAAAGAACGAUGCCGCUACCACCGCUUCCCGUGUCGAACCUGGUUCGAGCUCGUCUACAAGUGGCAGCCAGUACUAGCGCCACCACAACCAGCAAGCAGCGCCAGAGCAGAAGGGGAUCGGGCACAGCCGCUGGCAGCAGACGGCCCGCCCCAACCGCAAAGCUCGCAAGCCCGGCCAACGCCGCAAUCCUACAGCAUCCCGUGCUACGUCCCCAUCAUGCUGAACUACGAGCACGACGGCUGCCCCGGGCAAAAACCCAGCAUAAGCCUGCACCGAGUCUAG